AUGAAGUCGUCGCUGUCGCCGCCUGUCGAGCAGCUGCUGGUGACGCCCGUGCGCCGGCACCUCCUCCCGGCUGCAGCGUGCACCACCACCGGCCAAGGGGACGACGAGACGGCAGCGAAGAAAACGCACGAGGAGGGGUCCUGGAUGAACGACGACGGCUCCUUCAACUGGGCCAUGCUCGAUGCCUACGUGCCCACCUCCGAAGAAACCCUCAGCGACGAGGAAGUGGUGGCCCGCAUGCGCGCCAUCCUCAACGACAAACUCGCCGAGCACGCCGCCAAGGCCGCUGCCUCAGCACCAUCACCACCACCAGCAUCAGGAGCUCCUCCCACGGCCGCGGCCGCGGCUAUCGACACGUCAACAUCAGCAGAGGCCGCGGCGGGCCAGGGCCGAGGGCAGCCGCGACCGGGCGGCGGCGGCGGCGGCGGGGGUAGGAAGGGCAAGGGCAAUGCCGCCGCCGGCGGCGGCGGCGGGUCAGCGGAGACGGAGGCUGAGCGGGAGAUUGCGCGGCUCGAGCGGGAGGAGGCGUUGGCGGGAGCGGAGGAGGGGGAGGGCGGGGCGGCGGGCGAGCGGGAGAAGAAGCUCUCCGAGGAGGCGCGCACGUACGACCUCGACCAGUGGGAGCACAUCAUGCGCACCGCACUCCUCCUCCAGAAGGCCGCCCCGCACGUACACCGGUAUAUGAUGUCGCUCACUUCGGAGACGUUCGAGGCCACCUACGCCUCGCGCUUUCCGGCCUUCCACCACCACGCCCCCGAGGUGUUCGCGCUACAUCGGGAGGGCAAGUCGAUCGAGGCGCUGCUGCAGCUGGCGCCCCUCAUCGAGCGCCACAUCUCCGACCUCUACCUGGCCGCCACCAAGGGCCGGGGCGACGGUCGGCUCAUCUUGCGGGAUCUCCUGCUCGCCCCGCAGCUCAACGCACUAUUCGGCCCACGGAAGGUCGGGGUGCUGCGCUCGUUGAUCGGUACGCCGCUGGGCCUCAACAUCAGGAAUGUGGCGUGGCACGGAUUCCUGAGCGAAGCCGACUUCUACCCGGGCUACGUGUCGCUCAUUCUCGCCCUCGCCCUCUCCCUCUCCCUCGUCCCGUCGCCGCGCCCCGUCGGCGACCCCACCACCACCACCGGCGGCGGCGGCGGCGGCCGGCACUCCCAUCAUCAUUACCGGCCCUCCGCCCGGCCGCUUCUCGCUAUCGCGCCGUUGGUCGAGCUGACGUGGCGCGCCGAGAGUGGCGGCUGCGUGCUAUUGGCUGACGGCGAUGAUCGCGGCGGCCAUGAAGACAACGACGGGCGGGCGUUGGCCGCCGUGCGUCGGCUGCUGCGCCGCUCGGGCUUCGUCGUGGACCACAGCCGCUUCCUGCUCGAGUCGGCCAUCGACGCGCUCGAGCGAGCGAAGCAGUACUACCAAUGCCUCGUGUGCGCCCUGCCCGCGCUCGAGCACUGCCUGCGGCGCCUCUACGUCUCCGCCAACGCCCUCCCGCCGCCCCUCCUCACCGCCGUGAUGUACGACUACUACACGACGCUCGACGUGAUCGUGGGGCCAACGGUCGAGGCCACGGGCCGACCCAACCUCCUCCGCCAGGAGCUGGGCGACUCGAUCAUGACGGCCCUGUGGGACUUCUUCGUGUGCCCCGAAGGCCCGCGCCUGCGCGACCGCAUCUCCCACGGCGAGGCCGACCCCGCGGGCAUUUCGCGGUUGCUAUGCGAUCGGGUGCUGGGCCUCGUCGCCCGUCUGUGUCUCCGCUACGACCGGCCCGAGCAGGCCGCCGCCGCCGCCGAUGGUGAUGGCGGCGCCGACGACGACGACGCGUCGCUGUUCGCACGGGUCGUGGCCUUCUACGACGGCUACGCGUCGUCGUUCCACACCAAGGACGUGCUCGUGCGCAAGCUCGUGCACUACUUCGACGCAUGGGCCGCGUUCGCCGGCCGCCACGGCCCAUGGCCCACCGACCCGCUGGCGCUGGGCCGCGAACGGUUCGGCGAGCGGGGGCUGCUCUUCGCCAACGACGACGCCGCCGCCGGGAGCGGCGGGGGGUUAGAGAGGGCGCGGGCGAGCGGGCUGCUGCGGCUUCCCACCCUCUUCCUGUCGUCCUUCGAGCUCGCGGCCAUCGUACAGCUGCGCAUCGUCGUCACCCUCUCGGAACGCCUCAUCUCCAAGAUCGAGGAGCGGUUCGCCGAGCUGAAGGGUUUGGUGGACUCCCGCAAGGCGCGAUCGCGGCAGCGCAACUCCUACGCCCAGCUGUGCAAGGCCCUCCCCUACUACUGCGCCAUGUCUCAAUAUGUGGGGCAGCUGGUGCAGCAGCAGCAGCAGCAGCGGGAGCAGCGGGAGCGUGUGCUGGGAGAGCUGCGGCAGCUCGUGGUGUGCGCCGAGAAGCAGCUCUCGCAGCUGGCCCAGGGCGACAAGUGGAGCGACGUGUGCGAGCUCUUCCACGACCUCUUCCAGGCCACCACCGCCUGCGAUCUGUGA